AUGCUGUCGUCUGUUGGACGUGCCGCCAUCAGGCGAUUAGUCUCUACGUCUUCCAUUGCCGCACCGCGCCGCAUUGCGGUUUCAUGGCCCAUUUCCCAUACCGUUAGAUAUGGUCGUGGUUUCGUGAAGGGUUUUGCAACUGCCGGACGACCAAAGGGUUCUACCACUUCUAAGGCCACCACCAAGACCUCCAAGGCCAAAUCUACCAAGUCUACCAAGGGCACAACUAAAGCGAAGGCGAAGACGACCAAAGGAACCACCAGGAAGGCAACAGCUUCCAAGGCCAAAUCCACCAAGGCCAAGUCCAAGGCCAGUGCGAGCUCCAAGUCUAAAUCUAAGCGUCCAAAGAGGAAGGCCGCGCCAUUGACGCCAGAGAAGAAGAAUGCGAUUCAGAGAAAGGAGCUCAAGAAGACGGCACUAUAUGAGGAGCCGAAACCACUUCCUGAUACCCCAUGGACCGUCUACAUAUAUGAGAACACCAAAGACAGGAGUGUCAGCCCGGAUGGCCUUCGGGAUCGGAUGAAGAGCAUAGCUGAGGCUUACAAGAAUCUUCCAGCUUCGGAGCAUGAGCGUCUUAGCAACACCGUUCAUCAGAACAAGGCCAAGAAUGAUGCUGCCUAUAUCGCUUGGGUAGAGAGCCUUACUCCUGAACAGACUGUUGCUGCCAAUAAGGCUCGUCACCUCCUAAAGAGGAAAUUCAAUUACCCUGCCACACCCAACACCGUCAGAGUCAUUCGCGAUCCCCGUAUACCCAAGAGACCCAUCACUCCCUUCAGUCUCUUCACGAGGUCACGAUGGGCUACCGGAGACUAUGCCGGCCGCCCCUUCGCCGAGGCCGCCAGGGAAAUCUCCAAGGAAUGGCUCAAGCUGCCGGAUGUAGAACGCCACGCUUAUGACGACCUUGGCAAGGCAGCUAGACUCGAGUAUGAGCAAAAGGUCGAGGCUGUUCUGCACCGCAAGCCUGGCCGCCGACGCGUCUCAGCUCAGCCACCUGCGCAGUAA